GUAAAUUUUCUCCGAUUUGUUGCGGCUUUUCUUGGUCUUUGUAUUCCAUCUCUCACAAAAUGCAUGAGGCUAGGGCCGCUGUUACUACUCCUUGCGGAUCCGGUUUUGGAUGAAAUUCAAGAGCCACUGAUCUGUGCUCGAGAGGCCGUGACUUGAAAUCGGGAUCUGAAAUGUGGAGUUCGCCCAAAUUUCAUUUCGUCCAGGGGCACAAGAGGAACAUGCGUUCUGGGGUUUCUGGACUUGAUUUACACAGCGGGCAUAGUGUUGGACCACGUGCGUCGCACAUGACCUGGUGAUGUUGGGCUGUAAUUUAUCAUCCCCCAGGAGGACUCUGCCCUUGUCCUCUUUUUGUUGACUCCUCUCUGUUUCUGUUCGCCUCCUUGUCUUCACUUUGAGAAGUUAUAGUCGAUCUUCCUGCGCUGAACCCUCCCACUUGGCUCUGUUUACAGAACGCUUAUCUUCUUUGGGUGAAUACAGCUGAGAGGAUCGGCCUUCAGAUGGGAUCGGACGGAGGUCCGGCUCUAAUCACCAUCCUCGCUUUGGCUGUAGCGAGAGUAUUGCAAGUCUGUAAUUUUUGUCCCGCGAACUCAAGGAGAAGUAGGGACUCAAAGUCGAGAACAGAUGAUGGGUCUGGAGAAGAGGAGGAGGCGUUAAGGAAGGGCUCGGAGUCAACCUCGAGAACCGACGAUGCUUCUUGUGAAGAGUACGACGUGUUCCUGAGUUUUCGUGGACCGGAUACUCGUAAUGGAUUCACCAAUUGCCUCUACAAUGGCUUGAGAGAUGCUGGAAUUCGCGUUUUCUUGGACGACGAAGAACUCCAAGUUGGUAAAGUAAUUGCUGGAGAGCUUUCGAAAGCACAAGACAAUUCUCGAAUCUACAUACCUAUCUUGUCUAAGGGUUAUGCUAAAAGUUCGUGGUGUCUCCGUGAGGUUGCGCACAUGGUAGAAUGUACCUCAAAAUCAGAUGGGAAGAAAGAGAUACUUCCCAUCUUCUACAACUUGGAUCCUGACGAUGUCAAGCUCAAAACCAAGUUAUACAGAGAAGCCAUGACCAACCACAAGAAGAAGUUUAGCUCCGAUGAUUUGAAGCAUUGGGAAAAUGCCCUUGUUGAGGUUGCACGUAUAAAGGGGUGGGUUCUUAAAGGCAAAGGCCAACGAGAACAAAUUGAAUCAAUUGUUGAAGAGGUUUCCCGUAAGCUAAAUACAAGACACCGGAUUGUGACUGAACAUUUGGUUGAAGAUACUGCUCAGUUGGAAGCCAUAAUGAAAUUGUUGGAUGUUGGCUCUAGUGGUGUACGUUUUGUUGGUAUCCAUGGCAUGGGUGGUGUUGGAAAAACGACUCUUGCCAAAGUCAUGUUCAACAAACUUUCUAUUCACUUCGAACGCAGUGGUUUCCUUGAAGACGUUCGAGCAUCAUUGCAACCUCAUGGUGGUCUUUUAGAAUUGCAGAAAAAGCUUUUAUCGGAUUUGGCUGGUGAUGGGGUUGCUAACCAAAUUAAAGAUGUUGAUGGUGGGAUUAGGAUGAUUAAAAAAUAUUAAGUAAUAAGAGAGUACUCAUUGUUCUUGAUGAUCUAGACAAGAAAGAGCAACUCGAAAAACUAGCUGCAAAAUCUGACUGGUUUCGUUCUGGUAGCAGAAUCAUUAUCACAACUAGGGACGAAAGCAUCUUGAUGACUCAAGUGGGCUCAUCUAGUAAAAAGGUCCUCAACCAACCCAAAGAAAUUUUGCGUUAUGAAGUUCAUGAGAUGAGAUUUGACUUAGCACUUCAUUUGUUUUAUAAGCAUGCAUUCAAAAGUGACUUUGUUGUAGAAGAAUAUGAUGCUCUUUCAAGAGAAAUUGUUUGUACCGUGGGCAUGCUUCCUUUGGCCGUUGUGGUGAUAGGAUCAAAUCUUUUUGACUGGGGCAAAGAUUUGGGGCAUUUGGAUAAAAGAGAAGUAUGGGAUGAGACGCUGAAGAAGUUAAAGGAAGGUCCUUUUGAGGAUGUUCGAGAUACAUUAAUGAUUAGUUAUGAACGAUUAGAGGAUAAGCAUCGAGAAGUAUUUCUUGAUAUAGCAUGCUUUUUCAUCAAUGCUGACAGAACAUAUCCGAUUAUCAUGUGGAAGGAUUUGGGAUACUUUCCUAGCAUUGCAAUGAGGGUUCUCUCUCAAAGGUCCUUGAUCAAAAUUAGAGAUGAUAAUAGGUUUUGGAUGCAUGAUCAAGUUCGAGACUUUGGAAGGUACAUCGUUCUUCGAGUAUAUCCUCGAAAGUUUUGUAGGGUGUGGAUUCAUGAGGAUGCCUUGAAACUACUGGAGGGGAAAAAGAGAAGUGAAGAUGUUGAAGCGCUAAGUCUAACUUCUGAUGGCUGCUGCCGUGACAUUGCAUCCAAAGAACUAGCUGCUCUACCAAAUCUGAGAUUCCUUCGAGUGAAAGACAUUGACUUUUUUGGCAAUUUCAAAAUCUUCUUUCAGAGCUAAGAUGGUUUUCUUGGGAAAUUACACAUAAGGAAUUUUAUGCGGAGAGUUUUCAUUUUGCUAGUUUGAUUGUGCUAGACCUUUCAAGGAGCAAUAUCGAAGAUGAUUGGGGUGGGUGGAGCCAAAUUCAGAUGACAAAAAAAUUGAAAGUUCUAGAUUUAACAGAUUGCAUAAAGUUGAGGAAGACACCUGACUUCACUAAUUUCACAUCCUUGGAGACAUUAAUACUUGCUCGGUGUUCCAACUUAAUCACAAUUGACCCCUCCAUUUCUAAGCUCCAACUCCUAGAGACUUUGAAUAUCAAAGGGUGUAGUUCUCUUGGGGAGUUGCCUGAAGAAGUCUGUUCUCUACAAUCUUUGAAGCAAAUCGUCAUGCCCCAAAAUUUUCAACCCUUGAAGCUUCCAGAGAGAUUUGGCAAUUUGAAAUCUUUGUCGAGUUUUAGAUUAAACAAGAACCCCAAAAUCCGCCAACUCCCAGACUCAAUUGGAAGGGCUGCGAAUCUUACACACUUAACUUUACGUGGGUGCGUGGGGAUAAAGGAACUUCCAAGCUCAAUUGGGGAGUUAAAAAUGUUGGUAGAGUUGGAUGUCUCAACGUCGGGCAUAGUUGCAUUGCCCAAUUCAAUUGGAAAUUUAAAGAAACUAAGGGUGUUGAGUUUAUGUAGAACGAAGAUAAAGGAGAUUCCUCGUACUAUUGGAGGACUGGAGAUGCUUGAAGGUUUAUAUGCCCACAAAUCCUGGGAUUUGACAGAUAAAAAUUUGGAGGAAAUUGGGAAGCUAUUCCAUUUGAAGUCAUUGAACUUAGCAUUUACCAGUGUUUCCAGAUUGCCUCCAGAGAUAAGUUGUCUCCAUCUCGAAAAUCUUAAAGUGGGUUCGAUUGAGCUUCAACAAGUGUCGGCUCUUCCAUCAAGUUUGAAAGUCCUUGCGGUUCAAGCUAUGGACUUCUCUCUUGUCCCCACCCCUCAAGCAUCACCGAUUUGGAACAUCUGGAAUUACAUAGAUUCAGCAAUUUGAGAAGUAGAUAUCACUCGACUAGGCAGGACUAUGACUCAAAACUUAAAGCAGCUUUGAUGAGGGAGCAACCGUUCUAUCGGCUUCCAUCUCAAUUGUUGACCCUGAAACUCAAAAGCAUUAGUCCACUGCCGCAUUUGUCCAACUUAUUAAAUUUGACAGUUCUGCAUGUAAUUGAAUGUCCAAUAUCACACCUACCUGUUGCUCCAGGUCUAACACAUUUGAGGGAACUGAACAUAACAAGAUGUGAAUCCCUUGAGGAAAUACUUGGUCUGUCACUCUUGAGGAGUCUGGAGCGCUUGGAACUGAAGGGCUUGAAUAGGCUAGUUGAGAUUCAAGGUUUGUCGGAACUGGAAUCGUUGCAAUACCUCCUCCUUUCCAGUUGUGAUUUAAUAGGACAGUUGCCCAAUUUAUCUAAGUUGGGCAAGCUACAACAUCUAGAGCUAGAAGCUUGUCCAAAUUUAAGACCCAUUGAGGGCAUUGAGGGCUUAGAAAGCUGGGUGCUGGAUAGUCGUGGCCACACUAUCCUGGAACGAUUGUUGAAUAUCUCGAGAUCGACUUGGCUUUCCCGCAGAUUACCCAUAUUUGAUGUGUUCCUGAAUUAUAAGGGGCCAGAAACUCAUCAUAGCAUUGUUGAUUAUCUUCAUGAACGGAUGUGGCAAGAUCGAAUUCCUGUUUAUAGUGACAAUGAUGACUUCAGGUCCAAUGAAGGGAUUGGGGAAGAGAUUCUACAAGCACUCGCUAACUCCAAUAUCUACAUACCUGUCUUCUCUAGAAACUACGCUUCUAGUCAAUGGUGUCUCCGCACACUUGGCCACAUGGUAAAACGCACGUCAGAAUCAAAGGGGAAAAGAAGAAUCCUCCCCAUUUUCUACGACGUGGAGAUUGAUGACGUUAAACUCGAAACUGAUUUAUACAAAGGCGACCUAGACAGGCACUGGACAAACUUUGACCACAACGAAGUGAAGUCAUGGAAAGAGGCUCUAAUUGAGGUCGCAGCAAUGAGCGGUUUCGUCUUGAAAAAUAACAGCUACGAAGAAGUUCUUCAAUCGGUUAUUGAAGAGGUUUAUAGAGCAAGGAAAUUGUUAGACGUCGACUCCUGAAGCCUUCUUUUGGUCAGUUAAAGAAUGAAGCCGCUAAUUAGUAUCAUGAAACUUCUUUUUUAGUCCGUAAUGUAUUUCUUCUUUGAACUUUUAUUUCUAUUGUGUUUGACUCUCAUUGUUGCACGAUCUCCAAAAUUCCAACCAAAUCAAUUCAUAAUAAUUUUAAUGUAUAUGUUUUGUAAAUUAAA